UUCUCACAUGCUUAAUUUUGAGCGUCAAUGUGAGAAAAUUUUUUGUUCACUGCAGUGUGAUUGGAUUUGAAGUUUUGUUUAUCGAAGAAAAAGUGGCUGGUGAUCAAAGAAGAUUGACUUCCAACUGCAGCGAGCUACUGGUCAACCCAAUGUGUCAAUUUUGUUGUAUUGACUGUCGACAGAAAUCACAACUUAGUGUUUGACUUCUCACUUUUAGGAAACUUUUCAUUUGGAGUUUCGUAUUAUUUUUUGAUACAGCAAUCAGUACUAUUUUUUUUUACAGACUAGAAAUAUGAAUUCUAAGAAACAAGGGCCUAAAUCGAGAGUGGCUCGAAACCAACUGGAACACAUUUGCCAACUUGACAUCGAACAGGAUCCUCAGUUUGUACGUGCAACUGGUAUCAUCUGCACUUUGGGACCCGCAUCCAGAGAUGUUGCGAAGGUGAAGCAGAUGAUACAAUGUGGCAUGAACAUUGCGAGGAUGAACUUCUCCCAUGGUACUCACGAGUACCACGCAGAGACCAUCAAGAAUGUGCGUCAGGCAGUGGAAGAGUUGAACAAGGAGUCUGAGUGGAAAUACAACGUGGCAAUUGCCCUGGACACCAAGGGACCAGAGAUCAGAACUGGCCUGAUCAAAGGCAGUGCAACUGGAGAGGUCAACUUGGUGACCGGAAAAAAGAUCAAACUGACUAUGGAUCCCGCUAAUCGAGAAAAGUGUGACGAGACUCUGCUCUAUGCUGAUUACAAAAACCUUCCCAAGGUUGUUUUCAAGGGAGGUCUAGUGUACAUUGACGAUGGACUGAUCUCCCUUCAAGUCGACGAAACUGGAGCUGAUUUUGUGAAUUGUACCAUUUUGAAUGGAGGCGCUUUGGGGUCAUCGAAAGGUGUCAAUCUCCCGAAAGCUGAAGUAGAUUUGCCUGCAGUCUCCGAGAAGGACAAGAGUGACUUCGUGUUUGGCAUGGAACAAGAUGUAGACAUGAUUUUUGCUUCUUUCAUUCGAAAGAAGCAGGACUUGGUUGACAUCAGAAACAUUUUGGGCGAAAAGGGAGCGCACAUUAAGAUCAUCAGCAAAUUGGAAAACGAGGAAGGAGUUGCGAAGUUUGACGAAAUCUUGGAAGCGAGCGAUGGAAUCAUGGUUGCUCGAGGAGACUUGGGAAUUGAGAUUCCCACAGAAAAAGUGUUCAUUGCACAGAAAAUGAUGAUCGGACGAUGCAGCAAGGCCAAGAAGCCUGUCAUCUGUGCGACUCAGAUGUUGGAAUCUAUGAUCAAGAAUCCUAGACCGACUAGAGCUGAAGCUAGCGAUGUUGCAAAUGCGGUUUUGGAUGGAGCCGAUUGCGUCAUGUUGUCAGGAGAGACGGCUAAAGGCAAAUAUCCUCUAGAAGCUGUUCAAGUCAUGCAUAAAGUGGCCCGGGAGGCGGAGUCGGCUUUCUACCAUGACGUUCUUUUCGACAGCCUUCGAAAAGCAUUCGUGUACCCAAUUGACCGAGAUGUCUCAGUAGCAAUAUCGACAGUCGAGGCGUCAAUCAACUGCGGAGCUAGUGCCAUAAUUGUUUUGACAACUACAGGAAAAUCAGCGCACCUGAUUUCGGCGUUCAGACCGCAUUGUCCGAUCUUGGCUGUGACUCGAGAUGCGAGAGUGGCCCGUCAGGCACAUCUGCACCGAGGUAUCUUUCCGAUCUAUUACCCGAGUUCGAGGGCUGCUGACUGGUCGGAAGACAUGGACCAAAGGAUUCAGGAUGCUAUCAAGUUGGCAAAGGGACGCCAGUUCAUCAAGAAGGGUGACAGCAUCAUUUGCGUUACAGGGUGGAAAAAGGGAGCUGGCUUCACCAACACCAUGCGAAUAAUCCCUGUUGAUUAAGUCACUGUUGCUGCACUGGGCCAAUUUUUGCUGGUUGGCCCACAUCAAGAAUAUAUGAAUUGCAGACAAAAUUGAAUUGCUACUACUCACCAUAGUGUUUCUGCUAUUUUAAUGUUCUUCCACUUGCAUUAGUCAACUAUUUUGAAGCGUCGCUAGAGAACCGAUGCUGAACUAAUAUCUCACUCGCAGUAUUAACAUAAAGCUGAUGUUUUUUGUUGUCUCAAUAAAAAAAUUUCAAAUUGAUGAUUAUUUUGAAAAACUGCUCACUGAAAAAUAGAUAACUGUUAUCUUGAGAGGGACAACAAUUUGUGCUUUCAAAGCUUGGCGUUUAAGCCCGAAACAUUGCGACUUAUAUUAAUGAUGUAUUUUGAAACCAAUUCAACAAUUUUAUUUUUAACACUGAGGUAUGUUCGCCGGAAAGAAAGUAAAUUUUGA